GUGCUUCGGCCCUUUGGGUCUUUCGCGUAGGUGACCAACUCGGUGGCCUGCCAACCCGUGAUGGCGAGCCAUGGACCUGGAGCCGACGCUGCAUCCAAGAGCUCUGCCUUCGUCCAGCGACCGCUCCGACAAAGGCGUCUUUGGGCAGCUGGCGGAUCCUAAGCGGUUGGCCUGGCACCUCCCGGUGUAUCGGAAGCUGCGCUGUUUGGGCCGCGGCGCCUUCGGGAAGGCCUAUCUGGUGGAGGUAGUGAGGGGUCGCAAAGAGCCGGAGCAGAGGGUCUUGAAGAAGCUGCCCUUGGUGGAAGUGGGAGAGGCCCAAAGGGAGGCAGCCUUCCGGGAAGCUCAGCUCAUGCGGAAGAUCUCGCGGAACUGCCCGUGGAUCACGCAGUUUCAUGAGGUACUGACCUGCAAGGCAGGGACCGUGCUGUGCCUCAUCAUGGAGUUCUGCUCUGGAGGGGACCUGCGGGGCGCCAUCCGGUACCAGCGGGAGGAAGAGGGCCGGAAGUUUCCGGAAGAGCAAGUGCUCCGGUGGGCGGCGCAGAUGGGCAUGGCCUUGCAGCACUGCCACGGCCGCGGGGUGCUGCACCGGGACGUGAAGCCUGAGAACUGCUUCUUCCGCUGCGCAGGUGGGGACCUGCUCUUGGGCGAUUUCGGCAUCUCCUGCACCUUGGAUGAGCACCACCUCGCCAAGACCUGUUGUGGGUCGCCGCUCUACCUAAGCCCGGAGAUCGUGAACCAAGAGCCGUACUCUUAUGCCUCUGAUGUCUGGAGCUUGGGCGUGACCAUCUACGAGAUGGCCAUGUUGGUGCCACCCUUUCGCGGCACCAACAUUUGCCAGGUGGCCUUCCGCAUCGUGAGCUCCACGCCCUUGCCGCUGGAGGACUACUCCGAGGAGCUACAGCAACUGGUGGCAUCGUUCCUCGCCAAGGAGCCUUGGCACCGCUGCUCCUUGCAGCGCGCCUUGGGCUCCGCGCCCUUGGCUUCGGCAGUGCAGCAGCUCCUGCCGCCGCCGGAGAUGGACGAACGCUCAAGGGGCUUUGUCCAAAGAUUCCGGCACACCAUGGGUGUUGAGGAGGAGUACGCGGAUGACUUUGAGAUUCCUGAGGACGAGAGCGUGGAAAGCGAAUACUGCGAUGACUUCGAAGAAGCGAGCGCCAGUGAAGCUUCCUACGAGCCGGACUUCGAGGCCCCCAGCGACGAGGAGGCCUCCGUGCCCGUCCUCUCCGAGGAGGAGUUGCGGCACCAGAUCUGCGAGGAGCUGGGGAUCGAGGCCAUGGCGGUGGCAGAGAGCCUGGGUGUCAUCAGCUUCCUUGAGACCAUGCUGAAGCAGCGCUGAGCGAG